CGUUCCUGAAUUUCUCGCCACAAUAUAUAACAUUUGUUUUUUUCUUUCCAGUAUUUAUCACAUGAAAAAACUAAAAUAAAGAAAAAACGAUAACCUUUAAAAAUUCCCCCCUCAAAAUAAAGAAAAAAAUAAAAAGCUAAAAAGGCAGUAAUACACACGCCAUUUAUAAAUAAGGCAAGUGAAUAUAAAAUAGUGCCUCAUCAUCAUCAGUACCAUCUCCUCGUUUUGAUAAAAAUCUCUGAAUCUCUCCAAGCUCUCUUCUCAUCAAACCAUGGAUCCUUACAAGGUAAACCCUUCUUUCUUUUCUCUCUAACCUUUUCGUCUUUUGUAAUUUCUCCGUAUAAACUGGAUUGAAACGUUGUUAUUAGCUUAUGGAAUUGCACCCAAAGUUUUGACCUUUUUUUCUACUCGAAUCUGCAAAUAUACAAUUAAGUCUUUCCAUUGCUCUAAGAUCAUGUGCCUUUUGACUUGUGAUUCUUUCGAAUCAUUGUGGUUUUUCUCUGAUGUUAAUUUUAAUUUCCUUUGCAAUUGAUGAUGAUGAUGCAGUAUCGUCCAGCUAGUUCUUACAACUCUCCCUUCUUCACCACCAACUCUGGUGCUCCUGUAUGGAACAACAACUCCUCCAUGACCGUUGGACCCAGAGGUCCUAUCCUUCUUGAGGAUUACCAUCUCGUUGAGAAGCUUGCCAAUUUCGACAGGGAACGGAUUCCAGAGCGUGUGGUUCAUGCCAGAGGAGCCAGUGCUAAAGGUUUCUUUGAGGUCACUCAUGAUAUCUCUAACCUCACUUGUGCUGACUUUCUCCGAGCUCCCGGUGUUCAGACUCCUGUCAUUGUCCGGUUCUCCACCGUUAUCCAUGAGCGUGGAAGUCCCGAGACCUUGAGAGACCCUCGUGGUUUUGCAGUCAAGUUCUACACCAGAGAGGGGAACUUUGAUCUUGUUGGAAACAACUUUCCUGUUUUCUUCAUCCGCGAUGGGAUGAAGUUCCCUGACAUGGUCCACGCUCUUAAGCCGAACCCAAAAUCUCACAUCCAAGAGAACUGGAGAAUCCUUGACUUCUUCUCCCACCACCCUGAAAGUUUGAACAUGUUCACUUUCCUCUUCGAUGAUAUCGGUAUCCCACAAGAUUACAGGCACAUGGAUGGUUCAGGUGUCAAUACAUACAUGUUGAUCAACAAAGCUGGCAAAGCUCACUACGUGAAGUUCCAUUGGAAACCAACUUGUGGAGUCAAGUCUCUUUUGGAAGAAGAUGCAAUUCGUGUUGGAGGAACCAACCACAGUCAUGCGACUCAAGACUUGUAUGACUCUAUAGCUGCUGGAAACUACCCUGAAUGGAAGCUCUUUAUCCAAAUCAUUGAUCCUGCUGAUGAAGACAAGUUCGACUUUGACCCGCUCGAUGUGACCAAGACCUGGCCUGAGGAUAUCUUGCCUCUUCAACCUGUUGGACGUAUGGUGUUGAACAAGAACAUUGACAACUUCUUUGCAGAGAAUGAGCAACUUGCUUUCUGUCCUGCAAUUAUUGUCCCAGGGAUACAUUACUCAGAUGAUAAGCUGCUUCAAACCCGUGUCUUCUCCUAUGCCGAUACUCAGAGACACCGUCUUGGACCAAACUACCUUCAGCUGCCAGUCAAUGCUCCAAAAUGUGCUCACCACAACAACCACCAUGAGGGAUUCAUGAAUUUCAUGCACAGGGACGAGGAGGUUAACUACUUCCCGUCGAGGUAUGACCAGGUUCGUCAUGCUGAGAAGUAUCCAACUCCGCCUGCUGUCUGUUCUGGAAAACGUGAGAGGUGCAUUAUUGAGAAAGAGAACAACUUCAAGGAGCCUGGAGAGAGAUACCGUACCUUUACACCAGAGAGGCAAGAACGAUUCAUCCAGAGAUGGAUUGAUGCCCUAUCCGACCCACGCAUCACGCAUGAAAUCCGCAGUAUCUGGAUCUCUUACUGGUCUCAGGCUGAUAAGUCUUUGGGACAGAAGCUGGCAAGCCGUCUGAACGUGAGACCAAGCAUCUAAAACGAGUGAAAGAAUUCUUGAUUGGCCUUUCUGUGGUUGUUAAUUAGCAGAGAAAAGAAAAUGGGAAGAGAUCAAAGUUGCGAUAAUACAAUCUUCAUCAUGUGGAUCUUCUGUGCUAUGUUAUAAUAGUAUCUGUUUAAAGACCAAAAGAACCUUGUGUGUUGUUGUGUCUCUCGUUUAUCAGAAUAAUACAUUAUACAUUGAAGAUUUAUAAUCCGUGGUGUUACUUGAUGAAAGCUCCUUCUUCCUUGAAAGAUUGUGACAUAUUCUUAUAUAUUUCUCAUAUAUUAACGAAUGUAAUCCCGUAAGAGCUGUCGACAAAGACGUGAUUUUUAGUCUGCAUGUUCUGGACGAAAGGGAAUAGCAAAGUAUGAAACGAAAAAGACAAGAAAAUCCAUAAAUUCUUAUGUGUGGGUAUUAGGGAAUUUACAAUAGUUGUCAAUAUGUGUUGUAACAGUGGCCACAUUUGUGUAUAACGUCGUUGUAUCAAGUGUGGGGUGUCGAGAGUCUUUAGAUUUGGUGUGAAUAAUCUGACAAUUUGGAUUUGAACUCUGCUUUGACAUCCUGACAUUAGAAAAUAAACUUGG